AGAGAGCUUAUUAGAAGAGAAAAUGGAGGUGAAAGAAGGUGAAACAGAGAAGAAUGAUCAUCAGAUGGCAGGGGAAGUCACUCCCUCCCCUCUCAUCACUUCAUACAAAAUGGGCAAAUUUCAACUCUUUCAUAGAGUGGUUUUGGCACCAUUGACUAGAUGUAGAUCUUUCAACUCAAUUCCUCAACCACAUGCUAUUCUGUAUUAUUCUCAAAGAGCCAGCAAAGGUGGGCUUCUCAUAACCGAAGCUACUGGUGUCUCAGAAACUGCUCAAGGUUACCCACACACACCAGGUAUUUGGACAAAAGAGCAGGUGGAAGCCUGGAAACCCAUAGUUGAAGCUGUUCAUGCAAAGGGUGGUAUCUUCUUUUGCCAGAUUUGGCACGUGGGAAGGGUUUCUAAUCCUGAUUUUCAACCAAAUGGUCAAGCUCCAAUCUCUUCCACAGACAAGCCUAUGAAGGAUGUAGAAAACUCCACACCUCCAAGACGAUUGAAGACAGAGGAAAUCCCUCAACUUGUUAAUGAUUUUAGAAUGGCUGCAAGGAAUGCAAUUGAAGCUGGAUUUGAUGGAGUUGAAGUCCAUGGAGCUCAUGGCUAUCUGCUUGAUCAGUUCCUGAAAGAUAAAGUCAAUGAUCGAACAGAUAAAUAUGGUGGCACACUAGAGAAUCGUUGUCGAUUCCCUCUGGAAGUAGUUGAAGCAGUUGUUGAUGAAAUUGGUGCUGAUAAAGUUGGAAUGAGGCUCUCUCCUUUUGCUAACUAUUCAGAUGCUGGAGACUCAAACCCUGAAGCUUUGGGCCUUUACAUGGCUGAAUCCCUUAACAAAUAUGGGAUUCUAUACUGUCAUAUGGUAGAGCCAAGGAUGAAAACUUUAGGGGAGAAGAGUGAAACUCUUCACAGUCUUCUUCCCAUGAGAAAGGCUUUCAAUGGUACUUUCAUUACUGUUGGUGGAUAUGAUAAGGAAGAUGGAGAUAAAGCUGUUGCUACUAAUUAUGCAGAUCUUGUAGCUUAUGGUCGCGUUUUCAUUGCUAACCCAGAUUUGCCAAGAAGGUUUGAGCUAAAUGCUCCUCUCAACAAGUAUAACAGAGAAACAUUUUAUGCACCUGAUCCUGUUCUUGGUUACACUGAUUAUCCAUUUUUGGAAUCCAUGACUUAA